UCUGAUUAUUCAAGGCGACAAGAUAAUAUUGUUGAUAAAAAAGAAUGUCUUAAACAAUGUGAUCAUCUUGGCAAUAUUCUAAUCUCGACUAGUUUUAGAAAUCAUCCGGAUUUCAAUAAAUUCUUAUCACAAUCUAUUGAACUUUUAUUUCAACUUUGCAAUAACGAUGAUAUAGAUGUUCAUAAUGUUGUUCAAGAAACAUUUGAUAAAAUUAUUGGCAAUCUUAUUGAAUUCAAUUCAAAUCGAUUAUUAAGUGAACUAUGUAAAGGUAUAACAAAAUUUUCAUCAAAUCGUUCACUACGUUUAUCAUUGACAAAAUUUGCCGAAAUAUGUCAUCGAAUUCGUCCGAACAAAUAUCGUGCAUUCACAAUGAAUUUAUAUUCAAGUUUUUUAACGAUAUUGAUCGAUUUUUGCAAAGAUGAACUUGUACAAGAAUCAUUAUAUACAGCUAUUUGUAAAAUUUAUCCAUUGCUUACACCAUAUGCAACCGAAAGAGAAAUAUUCGAUAUAAUGAAUGCCUAUCUUAUUAAUCUAUCAUCAUCAUCGAAUACAAUUCGAAGAUAUUCUUCAAUUUCGAUUGUCAUCCUAUGUGAUAGUGCAAGAAAAUCGGAUCAUUAUUUUAAUGUUGCUUUGAAUCAUGUUAGCAAUCUAAUAUCAACAUCGAUAAAAUCUAACAAUACAGAGAAUAAAGAUUAUCUACUUACUGGUAUAUUUAUGAUGGCAAAAUGUUCGUUUUCCAAAUUAAUCAAAUAUCUUGAUCCAAAUGAACAUCCAAAAUUAUUUGAUUCUUUAUUGAAAAAUUUAUCCUAUAUUUAUCAACAGAUGAUAUUGACAAUGAAACAUGCAACAAAUAAUAUUUUGAUUAUUGCUAUACUCGAAGCUUUAGCUGAAUUUUUCAAUGUAAUGCCUGAAAAAAUUUUUCAAAUGUUUACAGAUUUAUGUGAAGAAGAAAUGGAAUUCAAACAUAUAAGUUCAUUUCGAUCAUCAGUAAUGAAAAGUGUUAAUAAUGAUUCAUUGGUAAAUCUGGAAAAUCUUAAUGAUGAAUUUGAAGAUGAUACAUUUGAAAAAGCGGGUAUUUAUUUUAGUAAUGCAGGAUCUACCGUAGAUUUAUAUGAUGAUGUUUCGGAAGCAAGUGAAAAUAUGUUUUCCAAUUCUUUAAUUGAAAAUACUGGAUCAAUGAUUUUUGAUCAUGAAAGUGAAAUUGAUACCAAAUCGAUUGGAAAUAAAACACCUGAAUUUGAUUUAUCAUCCGAAGCAUCAUCAUUAAAUACAACAAGCCAUAAAUGUUUAAAUUCACCAUUCGAUAUAUCAUCAUCGUUUGAUUUGAUUAUUACUGAAAAUCAAUUCAAUUCAAUUGAUUUGGAUGAUUAUAAUCUUGGUCCAUUAUUUUCAUUUGAACAUGUUGGAAAACUAAUUUGUCUAAAAUAUCUACUCAAAGGACAAUCAGGUCAAUUAAUGACCGAUACAGAAGUUCGUGUAGCAAUUAAAAGUUUAUCAUUAUCUUGUUUAACAUCAAUUGUUCAACAUUGUCCAAAAAUUUUAUUGGAUAAAAUUGUACAUAAAAAAACUUCACAACAAUUAAUCAAUGAUAUAUUAUUAUAUUCAACACAUUCAGAUCCAAAUAUACGUGGACAUAUAGCAAUGAUUAUUGGAAAAUAUUUGCAACACAAUAAUAAUAAUAAUGAUGAGCUUUCACUUGAUUCACUUUUAAAUUUAUUGGAAAAAUUUCUAUUGGAUUCAUCAUCAAUUACAAUUCGUCAGGUAUUGAUUAGUUUACAACAAUUUCUACCAAUAUUAAUCGAACAUAAUGAAAUUAAUAUUAUACAAAUAUUCAAUCUAAUACAUCAGUUAAUUUGUUUGAAAGAUAAUUCAUAUUGGUUGAUCAAAAUUGAAUUGAUCACUUUAUUUGCCAAAAUUUCCAUUCCAUAUUUGAAACAUAUGGAAUUUAUACUUAAAUCAAACGCUGAUGAAUGGAAAUUAUUAAAAAUUCCAAAUCAUCAUCUAAAACAUGUUCCAAUUACAAAAUUAAUUUUGGAAGAAAUACUUUUUCAUUUUAUAUUCGAUUCUGAUUAUCGUGUACGACAAGCAACAUUAAAUUUACUACCAAAUUUUAUUGAUAAUAUUUGCCUAAAUAAUUAUGUCUUCCAAAAUGAUUGUAUCAAUUUAUUGAAGAAAUUUUUCUACAAAUUACGUCAACAUUAUCAUUGUAAACAAACAUUAACAAUUUGUUUAAAUUCAUUAUGUACAUUAUCAAGAUUAUAUCCACCAAAUAAACAUUCAAAUGGUUGGCUUAUCGAAUCAAAUGAUGAUCAAUCAAAACAUAAUUCAGUUGAAAUGAUUAUGUUACUUAUUGAAAUUUUAACAAAAAAUCCAAUGAUACUUAAUGAUUUAUCCAUACAACAAAAUCUUGCCGAAUUAAUUAUGAAUCUAAUCGAAGGUGUUUGUAUUAACUAUUUUCAUCAGCUACAAAAUCAUCAUUCAAAUAAAAUACAUAUUGAAUCAACAAAUUAUCUUCAUCAAAUGAUUUCCAUUGAAUUUGCUCAAUGUAUUGAAACAUUUUUUCUUUAUUUAUAUAAAAUUAUUGUUAUUUAUAGUGCAAUUAAUGAAGAUAAUCCAUUAAUAUUUACAACAUUUAUUCAUAAUCUUUAUACACGUAGAGAAUCAAUAUCGGCAAUAAUACGAAAACAUUCUACAAGUUUUUUCGAUAUGAAUAAAGAUAAACAUCGUAAAGAACCAUCAGCAGCUAUAUCAUCAUCAUCACCAUUUAGUGGAACAAAAGCAUCACGUCGUCGUGAAGCUUUGGCAUUUGAUUCAAUAUCAUUUCGAUUGUUUGAAAUUCUUAAAAAUCAUCGUAACCAUCACCACCACCACCAUCAUCAUCAUCGUAAAUCAGCGACAAUAUCGGCACGUACAACAAGUGAUAAAUCAUCACAUCUAAAUACAAUGUUAAUAAUAUUUUCAAAAUUAUUAGAAUUUACAAGUUCAUCAUUUUUAUGUAAUCAUUUAGAAGAUAUACUUAUCUAUUUGAAAAUGAUAUUCUAUAUGAAUCCAUCGGCUACAAUCAAAACAAUUAAUCAACUAAUGAAAUGUAUAUUUGAAAUUAAUUAUAUUUCAUUGUUUAUGGAAAUAUUUAAUCAUAAUGAUAGUUUUCGUAAUGUUCAUCAUUCGCAUCAUUAUCGUCGUAGUCGUGGUCGUCGAAAUACCAAAUCAAAAUCAUUAUCAAUCGAAUUGAAUAGUUUAUAUAAUAUUUGUUUUGUUAUUCCAUAUAUGAAAUAUAAUGAUUUUCAAUCGAUUGGUGGUAAUGUUGUUGAUCAUUCUUCAUCAACAACAAUAUCAUCAUCAACAACUUUACCAUCAAUAUCAUAUCUAAAUUGGUUAAGAAAAUGGAUUGAAUAUAAAUAUAUAAAAAUAAUGAAUUCCGAUGUAACACGUGGAAUUUCAAUUGGGAAAAAUUCUGAUUUUUGUUUGAAAAAAUUUCUAACAACAAAAAUUCAAUGUUUUGAACCAUUAGUUAUACAAUCAAUGAAACAUUAUGCAUUCAGUAAUGAUAUAAAAUUUCAAUCAAUCAUAUUAGAUUUAUUUGUACAAUUAAUACAAUUUCAUAUAAAUUAUUCAUUACUUGAUUCGGAAAAUUUUUUCAUCAGUUUUAUUAUGAAACAAUUUGAACAAUUGGAAAUGAUUUAUGAUUCCGGUCCAUACGAAUUAUUAAUGAAACAUGUAUUUCAUUUUUUAGCAACACUUUCAGCUGAACAUUAUAUUAAUGAUGAUUUGGUUAGCAUACCAAAAAUUAUACAAUUAUGUGAUAAUUUAAUUGCUAAUGGUCAUCAAUGUUUAGCUAUCGAUGGUCUACAUAUACUUAUUGAACAUAUUUUUAAUUUAGAUUUUUCAUCAUCAUCAUCCAAAUUAUCAAAUAAUUCAAAUCUAACAACAUUAAUUAAUGAUGAACUUUUUAUGGCUAUUGAAACACAAAAAGAAGUUAUUGUUGCUUAUUGUUUUAAAUUAAUCAAUCAAAAAGGUACAUUCAAAUUAUUAACAUUAAUAUUACAACAUUAUAAACAUUGUGAUCCAAUCAAAUGGAAUGAUCUUUCACAACAAAUUUUAGAUAUUAUUAUUGGAAAAUUAUUAACAAAUCAUAUACGAAUCGAUUCACAAGAAUAUUUUAAUUCAUUACAAUCAUUAUUGGCUACAUUAUCAUUAUCAUCAUCAUCACAAUCAUUAUUGGAGAUUAUGUUCAAUGAAUAUCGAUCAUAUCAAAAUUCACAAAUUCUAUUCAAACAUUGGUUACCAAAAAUCUUAAUGUAUUUGAAAAUAAUAUUAAUGGAUAUGAAUGAAACAACUAUUAUGAAAGAAAUUGAUUAUAUUAAAAUGAAAAUGAAUAUAAUUAUAUUGAAUCCUGUUAAUAAUUGUACAGGUGAUUGUUUGGAAAAAAUCGAUUCUGAAGAUAUUUUUGCUUAUUUUCUAUUAAAUCUUUUACAGAAAAUUAUUAUGGAAAUUGAUUCAGAUAUUUCAAAUGGAAAUUAUUAUUAUUUAAUUUCAAAUAAUAAUAAUAAUAUUGUUGUUAAUGAUCAUAAAUUAAUUGUAACAUUUUAUCGUCAUUAUCAUAUGAUUUUAGUUUCAUUAUUUCAAUCGGGUUUUUAUCCAAGAUUAACUAGAUCUGCUACAUUAUUAAUAAGACAACAACCAAAAUCAGAAUAUCUAUCAUUGAAUAAUGAAACAUUUAAUCUACGUAUGGUUAAUGAAAUUUUUCUAAAAAUUACAAAAUUCUAUCCAUUUAUUACAAUUUCAUGGUUGAAUUUUCUAUACAUACUUAACUAUGAUAGAUUGGCAAAAAUACUAUCCAAAUGUAUUGAAAGAAAUAAAAUUAACAUCUUUUCCAAUGGGAAUAAUAUGAAAUCAAAGCAAACAACAACAACAAUAACGACGACGACAACGAUGACAAAAACAAAAAUAAUCAACUGGGAAAUCUUGAAAAGAUGUUCAUUAAUAUUACUAUGUGAUUAUUUAUCCGAAAAUCUUGAAAAUGUUGAAUUUUUAUCUUGGUUUAUAAUAAAUUAUUUACAUGAAAUAAUUGAACAUUGUCAUGAAAUGCCAAUCAAAGAAUUUAUAAAUACAAUACAUCGUAAACCAGUAUCAAGUGGUUUAUUAUUACAAGUAAUAAGUUCAAAAUGUGAUGAACUUUUUAAUACAAAUAAUGAUAGUCCAUUAAUGGUACAGAAAAUUCUUUAUUGUUUAGAACGUUCACAUAAUCGACAAAAUAUUGCAUUAAUAAUGUUUCUUAUUGAACGUUAUAUUUGUAAUAUACGAUUAUCAUUAUAUUAUAAAUGUUGUAAAUAUGCUGAAACAAUUAUUAUUGAUCGUUUGAAUUUAAUUUAUGAUUAUAAAUCAAGAAAAUCAACUAAAAAACAACAACAACAACAACAAUUAUUAUUUAGUUUUGAUGAUUUUAAUAAUCUAUUAAAAAUUGUCAAACAUACAUCAUAUAAUAAAUUAUAUUUUACAUUAAAAAUGAUACGUGUAAGAUUCUAUGAUACAAUCAAUGAUAAUAAUUCAAAUUCAACUAAUCAACAACAACAGCAACGUUUUGCAAGAAAAAAACGUCAUCAUCAUAAAGAUAUAAAAGAUCCAUUAAGAUUGAAACGUAUUGCCGUUCCGGAUAUGGAUAAAAAUUGGUUUAAAAUAUUGAUUGGUAAUCAAUUAUCACAACGACGACAACCGAUCAAUAUAACGAAUAUAAUGACAUCAUUGGAACGUCUUACAAAUAAUGAUAUUAUUGAUUUAAUAUUUUCAUCAAAAUUUUCAUUUGAAAAUUUUAUUAUUAUUUUGAAAUUGAUUGUUGAAAAACAUCAACAAGAUAGCCAACAACAAGGUAUUGUUGUUGUUGGCAGUGCUACAAAACAACAUAAACAACAACAACAACAACAAUCACUUGAUGCAAAAGAAAUGGCCAAAUUUAUUGUACCAAUUUAUUGCCGAUUUUUACAAUCGAUUCUUGAAAGAUUUCCAUUGAUUCAUUUAUUUAAUAUGAACAACAACAAUGUUGAUGGUGAUGAUAAUAAUGUUCGAAAAAUCGAUUUGAAUGAUAUUCGAUAG